AAAAAAAUGUAAUAAAACAAAAAAGGCAAAACUUUAUUGCAAGCAAAAUUCCCAAUAAGAAAAACAAUCUUUUUCUCUAAACUACUUCUGCUUGGCAGCGAGAUUCUAUUUCUUAUAAGUUCUAACUAAUCGGUUAUAAUAUGGUGUUGUUAUUGCCUUUAAAUACACACAAUUUGUGUCACGUUUCACGUGUUACCGAUAUUCAUUCUUUCAUACCGUCUGCCAUCGUCGUCGGCAAGGCAUUCGUUUAUUAUUUUUUUUAUGUUUCUCGUUCGUUUUGUUGUUAUCGGUAAAAUAAGAAACAAUUGUUGAACUCAUUUAUACAUAAGUGUGUAAAUGCAUUUCAAUAUUGUAAUGAAAACACUUGAAUACGAUAUCAGCAAAGUAACGACGUGAAAAUUCUAGUCUCAUCAAAAAGCAAAAAGAAAAAAAAAAAAAAAAAAGAAAAAAAAACACUCGACAAUCUAUUUUUUUUUUUCAACGUUUGAGCUGUGAUUGUGGAGCCAUAACAAAUGUGCUGUUCUAUUAAUUAGUCGGGUAGCGACCAUGAUGUCCUGCCCCCUUCCUAUGCCAUUACCCAUAAUACCAUCUUUACACGAAUUUUCGCCUGUACAUAUUGGUGUUAAGCGUGGAAGCGACGAACUUUUAAGUCAAGCAGCAAUUAUGGCGCCCGCUUCCGAUAAUAAUAAUCAGGAUUUAGCCACUAAAAAAGCCAAAUUGGAAACCAGUACCGUGCUUGGUGGAGUCGGUAAACCCUCAAAAGUAAUACAUUUGCGUAACAUUCCAAAUGAAUCAAGUGACGCCGAUGUAGUAGCGCUUGGCGUACCAUUCGGUCGUGUAAACAACGUACUCGUAUUGAAGGGUAAAAAUCAAGCAUUUCUCGAAAUGACCGACGAAGUUUCGGCCACAUCGAUGGUCUCCUGUUAUACCGUUAAUCCGCCACAAAUGCGCGGCCGCAUGGUCUACGUACAAUUUUCAAAUCAUCGUGAAUUGAAAACGGAUCAAAACCACGGUAAUGCUAUACAACCCGAUUAUCGUAUACAAUCACCAGCUGCCGGCUCGCCGUUGCCGCUUUGCGGUACUAAUAAUACAAAUAACACAACUAAUGCAGAUACCACGGUAGCAAUUUUGCAGAAUAAUACAAAUGCUGUGAAUUCCGCCAGCGGUAAUAGCAAUGCUGGUGGACCAAAUACCGUGCUGCGAGUUAUUGUUGAAUCUCAACUGUAUCCAGUAUCGCUGGACAUCCUACAUCAGAUUUUCCAACGCUUCGGUAAAGUUUUGAAAAUUGUCACAUUCACGAAGAACAAUACAUUCCAGGCCCUCAUACAAUAUCCGGAUGCCCACUCAGCUCAACAUGCCAAAACCAUAUUGGAUGGUCAAAAUAUUUAUAAUGGUUGCUGUACACUGCGCAUUGACAACAGCAAGAUGACAACGCUCAAUGUCAAAUAUAAUAAUGACAAAUCACGAGAUUUUACCAAUCCAUCGUUACCACCUGGCGAACCGGGUGCCGAUAUUAUGCCCACAGCUGGUGGUUUAGUCAAUGCAAACGAUUUACUAUUGAUAGCGGCCCGUCAGAGGCCCUCACUAACAGAACUAUUUUUCUAUUUAGUAAAUGGUCUUGGUGCUCCUGGUGUGUUACCACCGUUUGCUCUUGGCAUUGGCACACCACUGGCCGGUGGGUAUAGCAGCGGCAUCCCAAAUUUGGGUGCAUUUGCUCUUGCCAAUAGCGGUGCUCUACAAACAGCCACUCCUGCGUUGCGUGGCUUCUCGAAUGUUUUGCUAGUAUCGAAUUUAAAUGAAGAGAUGGUCACGCCUGAUGCUCUAUUUACCCUCUUUGGUGUUUAUGGCGAUGUGCAACGUGUAAAGAUUUUAUACAAUAAAAAGGAUUCUGCUCUUAUACAAAUGGCCGAACCACAGCAAGCUUAUUUGGCUAUGAAUCACCUCGACAAAUUGCGCUUGUGGGGUAAGGCGAUACGUGUUAUGGCCAGCAAACAUCAGGCCGUACAACUGCCAAAGGAGGGACAACCGGAUGCCGGCCUUACUCGUGACUAUUCUCAAAAUCCGUUGCAUAGAUUCAAGAAACCAGGCAGCAAAAAUUAUCAAAAUAUUUAUCCACCAUCGGCAACACUGCAUUUAAGUAACAUUCCAUCAUCUUGUACUGAAGAGGAUAUUAAAGAAGCCUUCACUUCAAAUAAUUUUGAGGUUAAAGCUUUUAAAUUUUUCCCUAAGGACCGUAAAAUGGCUUUGCUGCAGCUUUCAUCCGUGGAAGAAGCCGUCUUGGCUUUAAUUAAAAUGCACAAUCAUCAGUUGUCGGAAUCGAAUCAUUUACGCGUCAGUUUCUCGAAAUCAAAUAUCUGAAAUAACUCAAUAUCGUCAGCAACAGCAACAACAAUAACAGCAACAG